CAAAGGGCCUCUUUCUUUUGUGCUCAUAGAUGGCGGAGGAGGUUUUGAUAGAACUUAAUGGGAAAAGUAGAGGGCAUCUAACCUCAUCCCUGUUGGCAGUAGCAUUCCUCUCUUCCUUCGGGAGCUCCAUGCUGUAUGGUUAUAACCUGGCUGUUGUUAAUUCUCCUGCAGAGUACAUAAAGGACUUUUAUAACCAAACCAUUGUGAGGCGGAAUGGGUCAGGAGUGGAUGAAGAGACUCUCACGCUUAUAUAUUCAGUCACUGUGUCUAUAUUUGCCAUUGGAGGACUGGUGGGUUCUCUCACAGUGGGAAUGCAGGUUACCAGAUUUGGGAGAAGAGGGACACUGGUACACAGCACAGUUCUGGUGUUUAUAGCUGGAGGGCUGAUGGGCUUCAGCCGAUUAUGUGGAUCUCCAGAGAUGAUCAUCAUUGGGCGCUUCAUUAUAGGGAUACAUUCAGGGAUUUCUCUCAGCGUAGUGCCCAUGUAUCUGGGAGAAAUUGCUCCGAAGAAUUUCCGAGGCUUCCUAGGACUCGUGCCCAGCAUCUUCAUCUGUAUUGGAGUGUUUAUUGCUCAGAUUCUGGGACUCCAUGAGAUCUUGGGCAAGGAAGAGCACUGGCCUCUGUUCCUCUCUCUAGUUGUGGUGCCUACAUUCAUACAGCUCUUGUUGUUGCCAUGGUUCCCAGAGAGUCCGAGAUAUCUGUUGAUGGAAAAGCGGAACAUUCAUGCCACUAUCACAGAAUACAUUUAA